CGCGGGUCCCGCCCCACUGUCGCCGUGCCCGGGAGCCGCACGCGGUGCUCGGCCGCCCGCCCGCAGUCCCAGCCGCCGCUCCGAGGUUCCUGCUGCAGCCCACUUCGCCAUCCAGCCCGCCCGCCAUUACCACGUGAGGGAGACGCGGCUGAGCUCGCGCCGCAGCUCCCCCUGCCGGCGCGGGGAUCCGCCCUGCCCGGCCGGGAGCCACCAGCGCCCCUGCCGGCUGUGACCGGAACUGCACCGAAGGGGAAAGUGCCCGACAGCCGAGAGAGGCUCCAACUGGAUGGAAAUGUCAGAAGAUGAUAAUAACAUGGAAGAAUACCCCACUGAAAUUCAUGAUUAUCUCACAGCAUUUGAAAAGUCUCUUGGUUCCGUAGAUGAGAUGCUGAAGACAAUGAUGUCAGUUUCUAGGAGUGAGCUUUUGCAAAAGUUAGAUCCUCUUGAGCAAGCAAAGCUGGAUCUGGUUUCGGUGUACACAUUAAAUUCUAUGUUCUGGGUAUACUUGGCUACCCAGGGAAUCAAUCCAAAGGAACAUCCAGUGAAACAAGAGCUGGAGAGAAUAAGAACAUACAUGAACAAGGUCAAAGAAAUAGCAGACAAGAAAAAGGCAUCCAAACUUGAUAAAGGAGCUGCUUCUAGAUUUGUAAAAAAUGCGCUCUGGGAACCAAAUGCAGAAAAUGAAUAUACUUCCAAAUCUCCUGUAAAAGGAAAAAAGAGACAAAAGGACUAAAUCUAUUUUUCCCCUCAUAAGAAUUGUGGACACCUAGAACUUACUUGGAAAUGUUUUGCAUACUGCAUGCAUCUCAUAGAAGAGCUGUAUAACAGAUUAAUUUAUACUUACAAAUUUUACAGGAUUGUAUUUUGUCCAGAACAUUUGUCACUGCGGUGAUCACAUUUAAUGUGUAUCUAAAAGUGCCAUUUGAUGCACAUUGGACAUUUCAUUACUCACAUGAUAAUAACCUGACAUAUACUUGCUGGUAAUAAAUACUAGUGAUGUUUUGUUUAUAAUGCCUAUGAAUUCAAUUUUUAAAUGAUUUGUUGACACUUUUUUGUCAAUCAAUCUCCUCAAUAUUAAAAAGUUUCGAACGCUGCUAUCCAGUCUGUGGUGUUUAUGAAAGAGCAUUGUGUGAAAUGCCUUAGUUUUAGAGUUUUGUAAGCCUUAUUCAUUGUAUUAAACUCUUUUCAACUUGAA